CCAUUUUCCGUCGGCUACGACCACCUCCUCUCACUAUCUCUCCCGCGUACUUCCUCCACCUCUCGCCUCCCCACCCCUCUCUUUCUCUCUCUAGAAACCCUAACUUUCUCUCUCCUAGGGUUUCCUCAUGAGCCUAACCCUAUCAAUCUACCCUCCUCUAAACCUCAGAAUCGCCAGAACUCGCACCCAAAUCCGCUAUCGCCGUCGGUCUCAGCUCCGAAUUCGAUCCUCUCUCGACGAGCUCUUCAAAACCCUAAUUUCUUCAAACCCCCUUGAGCUAAUUCCCACCGCCCUAACCCUAGCCUCAGGCGCCGCACUCUAUCUUACUAAAGGCCGGGUCACAGAUCGAAGACCCGAACCCGUUGUCGCUGACUGGAUUCUCUUCACAAGCCCUACCCCGUUCAAUCGGUGUGUGCUCCUUCGAUGCCCUUCGAUCUCGUUCGAGGAUGGGGAGGAGAGCGAGAAGCUUUUGAGAGACGAGAGGCAUUUUGUGAAUUUGAGCAGAGGGAGGAUUUUGGCGAGAAAAGAUGAAAGUUUGGAGGAAGAGGAGGAAAUUGGGUAUCAGAGGGUUUGUGUGGGGACUGAGGAUGGUGGGGUUAUCUCGUUGGAUUGGCCGGAGGAUCUUGAUUUGGGGAGGGAGUAUGGGAGAGAUGCGACUGUGUUGAUUGUGCCCGGGACGGCAGAGGGGAGCAUGGAUAGAGAUGUGAGGAGGUUCGUUGUUGAUGCUUUGAGGAGCGGGUGUUUUCCGGUGGUUAUGAACCCUAGAGGGUGUGCUGGAUCUCCGUUGACGACUGCGAGGUUAUUUACUGCUGCUGACAGCGAUGAUAUCUGCACAGCUAUCAAAUAUGUCAAUAAGUCCAGGCCAUGGACAACAUUGAUGGGAGUUGGCAUCGGAUAUGGUGCAAACAUGCUGACCAAAUAUCUCGCUGAUGUGGGGGAAUCAACUCCCCUUACAGCUGCUGUAUGCAUUGACAAUCCUUUCGACUUAGAUGAAGCGACGAGGUCGUUUCCUCACCACAUUGCUAUGGACCAAAAGCUUACAGGUGGUUUGACAGAGAUUCUACGAGCUAAUAAGGAACUAUUCCAAGGCAAGGCCAAGGGCUUUGAUCUGCCAAAAGCUUUAUUAGCUACAUCAGUUCGUGAUUUUGAUGAAGCAGUAUCAAUGAUUUCUUAUGGCUUUGAUAAUGUUGAGGAAUUCUAUUCAAUGACUAGCACAAGGGAGUUGGUUAACAAAUUGAAGGUUCCUAUUUUAUUUAUACAGAGUGACAAAGAAGCUGUGCCUCUUUUUUCUGUUCCGCGCGGUGCUAUAGCAGAAAAUCCAUUUACAAGUCUGCUACUUUGUUCUUCUCAUUCUUCAGUUAUCAACAUAAUUGAGAGAUCCACUAUUCUUUGGUGCCAACAGCUUACAAUUGAGUGGCUUUUAGCGGUAGAGCUUGCACUUUUGAAGGGUAGACACCCUCUUUUGAAAGAUGUCGAUAUCACCAUUAAUCCUUCAAAGGGCUUAUCAUUUAUUAAUGGUGAAACAUCAGAAAAUAAUGUUGAUUUUCAGAAUAGAAACGGCAAAAUAUAUGAUUCUGAUCGUUGGUUUUGGAGCCAGAAUGAUGCAAAUAAUGGGACUUCCCUGAAGCUGACGUCAUCAAAUAAAGUGAAUAAAGUUCUUGUUGAUCAGUUUGUCAACGAAAAAAAUGGUGUAGGUCAUGAAACAUCAAGCAGUAACUCAAAAUCAGAAAGUGCAUUGGGUAUGAUGCAUAAAGGUGAAGGAAUAAAAGAAGAUAUAAAUGCAGAUGUUCCAGACAGUAGCUCAACUAUUGGAGGGGAUAGUCCAACUGAUAAUGAUGGUGGUCAAGUUUUACAAACUGCGGCUGUUGUUAUGAAUAUGCUUGACGUUACUAUGCCUGGUACUCUGGAUAAUGAUCAGAAGAAAAAGGUCUUAACUGCCGUGGAACGAGGAGAAACACUUGUCAAAGCUUUAGAAGGUGCAGUGCCUGAUGAGGUGCGUGGAAAGCUCACAACUGCUGUUACUGAAAUUAUGCACACUCAGGGUACAAACUUAAAUUUUGAUGCAUUUAGAAGGAUUGGUUGGAUACAUAAUGUGACAUCAGGGAAGUCAAGGAGCCAAGAAAAGUCAAAAGAAACUUCAACCACUGAAAGUGGACAGGAUGACUCUCAUGCAUCAGACUUGAGGAAGAAUGGUCCUGGAAGUGAUGGAAGAAUACAUGAAAGCACCGACUCUGUCCCAAAAAGCACCGGAAUUUCUGAAGAAAAAGCUGUCCAAACUUCUGUAAAUGUUGAAGCUGGGACAGAAGCAGGCGGCAAACUGAGUCAUCCUGAUAAAUCGGAGGAAGCAAAUACUGAAUCUGCUCCAAAAAGCAGUGGAACUUCUCAAGAAAAGGCUGCCCAAGCUUCUGCAAAUGCUGAAGCUCUGACAGAAGCAGGUGGCAAACCAACUCAACCUGAUAAAUCAGAGGAAGCGAAUACCUUGAUAGAUGAGAAUACAGGUCAGGUCAACCAAAGCAAUGUGAAAGGCGACAAGCACUCUGCAUAUGAACAAGGUCUAUAUACUGGAAAUGAUAUCCAAAAUAGUGAAGCAGGAAAAUUGGAUUCGCCAGCAGAACAAAAUAUACCGACUUCAUCAACUAGUUCUGGAGAAGUAUCAUCAGCUGGCUCAUUGGAUAGUGAAGAAAAAGUGGAAGAAAACGAAAAUGAUCUUCAGAAAAAUGAAAGCAAGUUUACUCAAGAUGUCAUGGAUCAAAAUGUGCAUACCUCUGCAAAAUCAGAAGAAUCUUCACCUCAGCAUUCAUCGUCAAAGCCCCCACCAAUCUCUGUCACCCAGGCACUAGAUGCUUUGACUGGGUUUGAUGAUUCCACCCAAAUGGCUGUCAAUAGUGUGUUUGGAGUUAUAGAAGAUAUGAUCGACCAGUUUGAGAAGGCGAGUAACGAAGAAAAUGGUGAUGAGCUGAGCACAAAUGAGAAUCAUGAGUUAGUAAAUCAAUCUGAGAAGACAGAAGACAACAAAGAUAAAUCAGGCGGAGAGCCAGAUGUGGUGGAACCGUCUGAUUCUCCAGGAGAUAGUCCUAAGGAGGAAGAAUCUGGAUCUUAUGAGGAGAUCCAGAGUAAUUCAAAGAAGAUGAAUGAUAGCCUUACCUCAUCUGCAAAUGAUAGUAUUGAUCGGGCUAAGGAAAGUAAUACACUCUUUAAAAAUCUAGAGAAUAAAAGCUUGAAUAAGGUUGGCCGGGUACAUAAUUUUCCACUAGAUGUAGCUGGCAAGCAGUACUGGCAAUCCCCAUACGCAGCAUAUAUUCAGAGGCAUUUUUCGACACAGUUGCCAGCAACAAAAUCAAUAGAUUUGGAGUCAACAACUGAUCUAUUCCUUGAUCCAGAAGAAGGUAAGUGGAGAAUGGUAGAUCAAUCAGGAUAUUCCAAAAGCACUUUGAGUGAAAGUGGAGAAAAUCACAUCAAUGGAAGGGACGAUUCUGAGAAUAUUAUAGAGCCAUCAUAUGUUAUAGUAGAUAAUGAAUUUUCAAUAUUUAACCAUGGUUCAGCGGAAGAACAUAAUUCAGUAGAUGAUAACCAUGAUGAUGGUGAAGCAGCAUUUAUGGACUUGAUUAGAAACACUCUGCUAGAUGCUUUGAAAAUGGAAGUUGGUCGCAAGUUAGGCAGGCCUGAUUUAAAAGGCUUGGAAAGCAGUUUAGUACAUGAUUUGGAACAGUUUGCUGAUACGGUAUCAGAGGAAGUUGUACAUAACAUUGGGUUGAAUUUAGAUCCAUUUCCAGAAAGUGACGAUACUGAUUCAUUGAAGUUUGGUACAAUUGAUGCAAACCACAUAAUCAAAACCAUAUCUUCAGCAGUUUCCAAUUCCAGCCAUCUGAGAAAAGUUCUUCCAGUAGGUGUUGUUGUUGGUUCGAGUUUGGCAUCUUUGAGGACAUAUUUUCAAGUUGUUUCUUCGCAUGAUGAUGAUCAAAAUAAGGAUAUUCGUGAAUCUAUACAUGUUCAGGAGAGUUCUUAUGUUAAAGGGAGUGAGACCAAGAAAGUGAUCUCUGCUGGAGUAAAAUAUCAGCAUGUUGAUUCAGGUAAACUCAUCAACAGAGGCUGUGAAAAGCUUCAGACAGAUGGUUUGAACAGUGGUGGCAUCAUGGUUGGGGCUGUUACAGCUGCUAUUGGUGCAUCUGCUUUAUUAGCACAUCAUGAGCAGCAAAAGGAGAUCCUUGAACAGGAUAUGUCUGUUGCAUUUAAUGAAAAAGGUCCUCAUGAAGGGGAUACUAAGCUUGAGGAUUCAAUGCAAGAAAAAACUCAUAAUAAUAUGGUGAGCAGUCUUUCUGAGAAAGUUAUGUCUGUUGCUAGUCCCGUGGUACCAACAAAAAAUGGUGGGCAAGUAGAUCAGGAAAGACUGGUCGCCAUAUUGGCAGAACUUGGGCAAAAGGGUGGAGCAUUGAGAUUAGUUGGUAAAGUUGCAUUGCUCUGGGGUGGUAUUCGUGGUGCCAUGAGCUUAACUGACAGGCUCAUCUCUUUCUUGCAUAUUGCAGACUGUCCCUUGCCUCAUAGGAUUUUGGGGUUUGUCGGCAUGGUGCUUGUCCUAUGGUCUCCAGUUGUGAUUCCCUUGCUGCCUACAAUUAUACAAUGUUGGACGACGAAGACUUCAAAUAGCAUUGUUACUUAUGCCUGCAUCGUAGGUCUCUAUGUUGCUAUUACAAUCCUUGUCGUGUUAUGGGGUAAAAGAAUUCGAGGGUAUGAGAAUCCACUUCAACAGUAUGGGCUGGAAUUCACGUCGGUGUCCAGGGUGUAUGACUUUUGCAAGGGUUUAGCUGGAGGGAUAUUGAUUGUCCUAUGUAUACAUUCAGUCAAUGCAUUGCUUGGCUAUGCACGGCUAUCGUUGGCAGUACUGCCUCCUUCUGAAGGUGCUCUUGCCCUACUCAAUGCUUAUGCAAAUAUGCUUGUCCUUGCUGUUCGUGGAGCUAUUACAGCAAUUGGGAUUUCCUUAGUGGAAGAAAUACUGUUCAGGUCAUGGCUUGCUGAGGAAAUAGCUGUAGAUCUUGGGUACUACCGAGCCAUUCUAAUAUCUGGAAUUGCAUUUUCUCUAAGCCAAAGGUCUCUUCCCUCAGUACCGGGUCUUUUACUGUUAUCAUUGGCUCUCUUUGGAAUGAAACAAAGAACACAAGGCAACCUCUCUGCUUCUAUUGGGAUGAGAGUAGGUAUUAUGACUACAAAUUUCAUCUUGCAAACCGGUGGCUUCUUAACUUACUGGCCUAAGACUCCAUUAUGGCUAGCAAGCACACAUCCAUGGCAUCCAUUUGAUGGAGCCGUUGGCCUUGGCUCUUGUGCAAUACUGGCCAUCCUUUUCUAUCCAAAACCACCUCAAACAAAGGAAAUUUCGACGGAAGUAAACGAGUAAUUUGAACGACGCCAUUCAUUAGCCAGUAGAGAAGAAAAAUUCUUUGAUAGCUUAGGGUCCAUAAGAUUAAGGCCAUGCCCCAAUUUUUGGUAGAUAAUGAACCCAUAACAUGAAUGGGUUUUCUUUUUGCAUUUCAGAGCGUUUUUAUUAGGAAGCGAGUGGCUAUACUAUUUUGGUUGUUCACCAUUCAUGAAAAGCUGUUGUAAGAUGCAAAGGAUGAAUGGGUGUACAGUAGUUGUUUAUAAUAGCCAGGAGGAUAGCUUUGUACGUAUUGUACAGAUUAAAUUCAAUGGGUAUAGUAUAUAAAUGCCUCUCUCACUCUACA